AUGGUGGGUGUUUGUUCAUCGACUGAAAUGGCUGAGAGGAUUUCUUGCUACACCGCUUUGUUCUUAGCCGUAAUGCUGGUUUUGAGCUGUUGCGAGUCAAGUGAAAGCGAAUUCGCGGCCCGGUCGACGGUACUGAAGAGUAUCAUGAUCAGCAAGCCAUGCGAUGAAAUUUACGUUGUUCGUGAAGGAGAGACACUGCAAUCUAUCGGUGAAAAAUGUGGGGAUCCAUAUAUUGUCGAAGAAAAUCCACAUAUCCAUGACCCAGACGAUGUUUUCCCUGGCCUCGUUAUCAAAAUUACUCCUUUAAAGAAUAGGUAG